AUGGACAACCAAUACAGUUGGGGUUCUUUUAUUGGUCAGCCGCCUGACUCUGCUUUAUAUGUAGAUGUCGGGCAACAUUUAGACUACGGGUAUCCAUACGAAGGAAAUGUGCAGCUGCACGACAUUAAGGGCGCAGCCAAUCACGCUUUUCCAACACCCAUUUCUGUAGGAGGGUUGUCUGAUCGGGCGACUGCGGAGGCUAGGGAUGCGUACGUCCACGGAGAUGGUUCAGCAGGAGGUACAACUUGUUCAUCGGUCGCCCGCGAUGAAUCGAGCUAUGGCCAACAAACUCAAGACGCUAUCCAUAGCCAUGCGGUUGAAAGUCUGAACAAGCGCAGGGCGCAAAACCGAGCAUCUCAGCAAGCGUUCCGUGCACGGAAAGAACGUCACAAUGCCGAAUUAAAUCAAAAGAUAGAUCAAUUGCAGAACAAUAUGUCAGGUCUGCGUGACGAAAAUGAACAGCUCCAGCAACAAAUUGCGGAAAUGAUUUCACAGAAUCGUGUGCGUACGGAAGCACGCACGAGGCAACCUACGUCUGAACAAAAGAACCCCAUGACGUUUUCAUGGUCAUCCGAACGUUUCUUCGACUCGACUGUGCCUGAUGGGCACGAAAAACGGCCGGUGUAUCGACUCACUGUCGAUAAAAAUACAGGCGAGAAACUGUUGGAUAUUGGGGCAACUUGGGACCUUAUCCAGCAACAUGCAUAUUUCAAAAUGGGAAUUUUAGAUCUAGUCAAAGUCUGUGAGUAUCUGCGUAGGCAUAUACAGUGCGAUGGUCAGGGCCCUGUGUUUGGCGAAAGGUUCAUCUUCGAUGCCAUUGAAUCAGGCCUUGUGGGUGAUAACUUGAUAUAA